GCAGGUUUUCCACCGGGAGAACAAUUUCUAGAUGCUAAAUUGAAAUGUAUUGUCCAGUGUCUUGCGAUGUCAUUCUUUCAUUAUUCAAGGCAUUGUGUGGCGAUGAACACAUGACCAGCAAGGGGCCCUGCCCCCCUCCCAAUACUAUGGAUUUGUUCAUAAUAAACACAUGAACAAUGCAGCAUUUGACUUGUUUUCUGCUCCAACCGGCCCUCCUCAACAUCCUAAUCCCACUAAUCCCGCCUCCGCCACUGCAGGCAUGCCGGCCUUUUCUUAAUUGCUAUACUUUUGAGGACGCAUCACUAAAAAAACUAAAAGAGGUUUCAUGGCAAUGAUGAAGUGCUACCAAAUUAUGUUCCAAGAAAAAUGAUUUCUGCCUCAACUUGACUACAUGCAUGUUGAAUUGUUGACCCGAUUUGACGGACUAUAUAAGUGCUCUUCUCCUUGGGAAUUUGAAAGCACGCCCCUUCUAAGCAUCGCACAAUAUAUAUGCUUAUAUAUGUGGUAGCAGUCAUUGGUACAAGCAUGUGUGCAUUAGACCAGAAAAGGGGUAAGUUGCCUUUGAUACUGAUCUGGUACCCCCCUAUAAGCGUAUGAUAUUAAAUAGGUUUCUAUUGAUUUAUCAAUAGAGAAUUUAUGUCAAUUGAUUUAAUGUCGAUAUAAGCUUUAUGCAAGUUUGUUUUCUCGAGAGUACACGAUCGGUAUUAUAGCUUUUUUAUGCAAGUUUGUGAAUUCUGAAGUAGUGGAUCCUACCAUGUUUCAAACUCGCAGAGCAUAUUGAAGGUGGUACAAAUCAUUGCAGAGUGAAUUACAAGUAGCUAUAUGUGGAUUGGAAUUUAUUGAAACUUUGCAUAUUCAAAAUUUUAAGUCGAAUGAGACGUGCAUUGCACAUGCAUGCUUACUAGUAUUACAAGGCGGAGGGAAUACUAAUUAAGGUAAUUGUAUAUUGUAGCAACGUCUAAGUCACGUGUUUGCAUACUUAUGGCCAGUGAAUGAUGUGGGCAUUUUUUUAUUGUCUUGCCACCGUACAUGAUCGAGUUACAUCGGGGAAUCGAUCCGUGUGAUCCGCAUAGUGUUGUACUCUACAGGGUCAAUCUACCUUGUCAUUUAGUGUGUGCAGCAGUCUUUGUACAUUACAUGAUAUAAUCGGGACAAAAAAAAUUGCAAUCUUUACGGUGGUGGCGAUUCUCGACGAAUAUUAUCAUUUUAUUUGUGAACUUGGUGUAUCACUGAUUGCAAAUCUAGAUUAAUACCGGACUGAACUUGGUGUAUCACUUAUUUGUAAACAAAAAUAGUUCGAACAUUGUAAUAAGAAGGCAAAUAUAGAUGCUCAUGAGCUUGAUGACUAGAUUUUCCUUGACGUUGGAUUGGUUUGAGGAAUCUCUGACUGAAAUUGUGCGCUUCUCAUAAACGAUUUAACCGUCAUUUUCAAUGAACAAAGUUUUAGGUGUUUUGUGAAAAAUAAUAGAUCGGGAUAUUUUUGAAAAAAACAUAGCAUGAUAUUUUAACCUUAGAUUUGUCUUAUCCAUUUGUUGUGAGAUUAGUGCGAGCAGACCCUUUGCUCGAGCCUUUUCCGGAGAGACCUACCUCGAGGUAUCUCAGAAAUCAACGGCUCAAAAUAAACCCCGGAAACCGAAUCCCUGCGCCCACACAGACACUGUGACGGAACUCCUCCAGAUAGGAAGAUAAUGGUGGGCCGGAAGCCGAUGCGCCGGCGCCGCGCCGACCACCCGCCUCCGCCGCCGCCACAGUCCUUCGGUGCCACGGCCCGGCCGACCUCCCCCCGCUCCUCCACCUCCGCCUCCGCCGUCGCCGACCUGGACGAGCUGCUCCACACGCCGUCCGCGUCGGAGCCCCGGAGCUUCCCGCACGCGGUGAAGCAGCAGUGCUGGGAGAAGGCCGAGAAGGUGCCUGGGCGCGACCCGGAGAGGUGGCGCCGCGACGCGCUCGGCAACAUCGUCUUCCGCAAGCUCGUCGGCUGCCCCGGCUGCCUCUGCCACGACUACGACCACAUCGUGCCCUACUCCAAGGGCGGGAAGAGCACAUUGGAGAACUGCCAGGUUUUGCAGGCUACUGUGAAUCGAUCUAAAGGGAACAAUACUGAGAUAUCCAAAUCUGAACUAGCACAGAGAAGCGCAUAUUGUCGGGUUUCAGGACGUGAUAUGGAUCUUUUUGAACUCUCUGCCUUUGGGAAUGUUCGACGAGGGCCAGAUUCAGGGGGCUGCAAAAUCCAAUGAAGAAAUGAACAUAUCUGAUGUGAUGUUAACCAGCUUUGAGCAGUUGCCUCGAAUCUGUGAAGAGAAAGCUUGGUUGAUGGUUGUGUCAAAUAUUAUCAGUUAUAUGUCUGUAAUUUGACACUUUGAGUGAAUUAUCCAAGGAAAAAGGAUCUGCUAUUUUGCAGCCCAAUAUAUGUUGUGUUCAGUACGGAGUA